AUGGAUUCUGGAAACAAAACCGCUGGGAAACCAAUUCGAUGCAGAGCUGCCGUAUGUCGCGAAGCAGGGACGCCUCUAAUCAUGGAGGAGAUCAUGGUAGCUCCGCCUAGUCCUCACGAGGUUCGGAUCAAGAUAAUUUGCACCUCUCUUUGCUUGAGUGACAUAAGCUUUUGGAGGAUGAAGGCCAGUUACUUUCCAACGAUCUUCGGCCAUGAAGCUAUCGGGAUUGUGGAGAGCGUUGGAGAAUAUGUAAAUGAAGUGGUGGAAGGAGAUACUGUUAUCCCAGUAUUUAUACCAAAUUGUGAGAAUUGCAUGGAUUGUAAAUCAGAUAAAAGUAAUCUUUGUUCAGGUGUUCCUUUCAAAACCACUCCUUGGAUGCCUAGAUAUGAAACAAGUAGAUUCUCAGAUCUUGAUGGACAACCUUUAUUUCACUUCUCAAAUGUGUCGAGUUUUAGCGAGUACACUGUUGUAGACAUUGCCCAUGUAACAAAGAUUGACCCUGUUAUCCCUCCAAAUUUAGCAUGUCUCCUUGGUUGUGGAGUUUCGACAGGGAUUGGUGCUGCUUGGAAAACAGCAAAAGUGGAGGCAGGAUCAACCAUUGCUAUAUUUGGGUUAGGAGCAGUUGGACUAGCGGUUGCUGAGGGAGGACGACUCUGCGGUGCUACCAAAAUAAUAGGUGUCGAUGUGAACCCAGAAAAAUUUGAAGUUGGCAAAAAGUUUGGUAUUACUGAAUUUGUAAAUCCAAAGGACUGUGGAGAUAAGUCCGUAAGCCAGGUGAUCCAAGAGAUGACCGGUGGAGGUGCUGAUUACUGUUUUGAAUGCGUUGGUAGAGCAUCGUUGGUGCAAGAAGCAUAUGCUAGUUCUAGAAAGGGUUGGGGAAAGACAAUUAUGGUGGGAUUGGAUAAGCCAGACUCGGAGUUGAAGUUCAACUCCAUGGAGUUUCUUCAAAGCACAAAAACCAUAACAGCAUGUCUGUAUGGAGGAAUCAAAGCGAAAUCAGAUAUUCCGGUUCUUAUCAAUCAUUACUUGAACAAGGAACUGCAUCUUGAUGAGUUCGUUACACAUGAGGUUAAGUUCGAAGAGAUCAACAAAGCAUUUGAUUUGCUGCUUAAAGGCGAGUGCAUCCGAUGUGUAAUUUGGAUGGAUAAAUAA